GAAAUGAGUGUCAGCCUGUUCAGUCUUUCUUAAUAGUUACAAUCUCUCAAUUCUCAAUGUCAUUCCUAUAAAUGUUUUUGCACCUUCUCCAGUUCCUUUAUGUCCUUUAUCAAUCAGGAGAUCAGAGCUGUGGACACCUCUGCACAUGUGGUUUAGCCAAGGUUCUAUACAAGUUCAACAUAACUUCUUUGCUUUUCAGUUCUAUUCCUUGAAAAAUGGACCCCAAUCACAAAUAGAUGAUUCCGACUGGGUUAGAAUGUGGAACUUGCCACCACAGGGAAUGGUUGAGGCAAAUUGUUUCAACGAAUUUGAUGCGAAGCCAGAAGGAUUCCACCAAAACUACACCAGAGAAUACAGAGAGGAUAGACACUGCAGAUAGAUCCUGACCUUCAAAGAACAUCUGUGGGAAGCCAUCCAGUCCCUUCGCAGCAUUGCUCAACACAGAGAAGGUUGGACAGUGAAACCAUCAUCUGGAAAUCGGUUGGGUCAGGGGAGCUUAGACGUAUCAUCAGAUCUGAAACUGGUCAGUGGUGUGGAACCUUCCAUCAGAACUGACCUUUUCAAAGGUUUGGCUGUGGGUGAUCGGUCAGUGCGAGGCUGGGAAGAAGUGUAAGUGGCUCCAAGUGUGGUGAGAGCUUCAAUCAUUCAUUGAGCCUCAUGAAUCACUGAUUUAUUCUGACAGGUGAGAGGCUGUUCAAGUGUGAGGUGUGGGAAGAGGGCUCCACAGGUUCAUACGAUCUCCUAACACACAAGGUGCAUCUCUUAUACAACUAUUAAGACAAGGGCCGCUUCAUGGAAGAGAAACGGUUCAAGUGUGAGGUGUGUGACCGAGCCUUCCCAAAAUUAUCGACACUUGUGCAACAUCGACACAUUCACACAGGGGAGAAACCAUUCACGUGCGAGGUGUGUGACAAAUCAUUCGCAUGGUCAUCAAACCUCCGUGUACAUAAAUGCACUCAGAGAGGUGAGAAUUUAUUCACUUGCAAGGUAUGCGGCAAAUCAUUCACACAGUCCUGGACUCUCCGUGUGCAUCUGCGCAUUCACACAGGAGAGAAACCAUUCACGUGUGAGGUGUGUGACAAAUCCUUCUCACAGCCAUCGUCCCUCCGUGAACACCAACGCAUUCACACAGGGGAGAAACCAUUCAGAUGUGAGAUGUGUGACACAUCAUUCAGGCAGUCAUCAGCCUACCGUGCACACCAACGGAUUCACACAGGAGAGAAGCCAUUCAAGUGCGAGGUGUGUGACAAAUCAUUCUCGUGGUUAACAAACCUUCGUGAACACCAGCUCAUUCACACUGGGGCAGAAGAGGUCAAGUGUGAGGUUUGUGACAAAGUCUUCACAAACUUAAGGAGCCUCCAGCUACAUCAGACAAUCCACACAGGAGAGAAACACUUCAAUUGUGAGUUUUGCGAUAAAGCUUUUGCAAGAUCUUCAACCCUGCUGAUUCACCAAAGGAUUCAUACAGGGGAGAAACCCUUCAAGUGUGAAUUUUGUGAGAUGGCUUUCUCCCAAACCUAUCACCUCUUGAGACACCAGAGGAUUCACACAGGAGAGAAACCCUUCAAGUGUGAGGUGUGCGAUCAAGCCUUCACACAGUCAUCGACGCUGGUGAAACAUCGACGCAGUCACACUGGAGAGAAGCCGUUUAAGUGUGAGGUGUGUGACAAAUCAUUCUCACAAUCAUCGCACCUCCGUAGACACCGACGCAUUCACACUGGGGAGAAACCAUUCACGUGUGAGGUGUGUGAGAAAUCAUUCUCACACUCAUCGUCCCUAUGUGCACACCAACACGUUCACACUGGGGAGAAGCCAUUUAAGUGUGAGGUGUGUGACAAGAGCUUUGCAGAAUCAUGGGACCUUCUGAAACAUUGGCGUGUUCACACUGGGGAAAAGCCAUUCACGUGUGACAGAUCAUUCUCGACCUCAUCGUCCCUCUGUGCACACCAACACAUUCACACAGAGGAACCUUUCCCAGGUGAGGUGUGUGACAAAUCCUUCUUGAGUUCAUCAGAUCUCCUGUUCCAUCAGAGGAUCCACCCAGGGGAGUGAGUCUUCAAUUGUGAGGGAAAGUGUGUAGCGUGGGGAAAGCAGUACUCUAACUAUAAGAAACUGAACCACUUUGCAUGCAAGUGGUUCAUCAGAUCAAAGAAAAAAAAUUGCAGAUGACAUUCUUGGAACAACUAAUUAGUUCCAACCUGCACAGACUGUCUUAAAGCCUGAGUUUGAAAAUUCACUUGUGAAUAAGAAUGAAAAAUCUUCUUUUGGAGAUAUAACUUUGAACAAUAAAUAUUGUAAGAAGAAAACAUCACAAAAAGUAAUAUUUCACAUCUUAAACUGGACAUGGAAUUGAACAGAGAGUUGAUGAACUUGUGAAGUUGAUUGGACAAUAGGAUGAUUAUUGUGUGUAUUGCAUGUGGUCAGAUAAUUGUUAAGAAACACAACAUAUUGUAAAGUGUAAUAAUCUACAUGGUAUAAACGAAAGCACAUCACUUGGUGACAUAUUUUCAUUUUCUUCAGGUGGGGAGUGUUGUGAAUACUUAGUUCAUGGCUCAUAUUUUUUGGAAUAUAAUUUUUAGUUUUAGGAAUAUAACUUCUAGGUUGUGGGUUAAGAAGAUCAGAAUAGAGAGAGCAAUAAAGCAGCAGGUGGGCAUACUUAGUUGGAAAGCUGGAGGCUUGACGUCUGCACUCCUUGCAGUAAUGACAGUCCAGAGAGAUUGUUUUGUUUUUGGAGUUAGAGCUAAAUUAGUUUAAAAGCAUUCAAUGAGCCCUUUAUUAGGUCAAAGAAGAAAUUGUAAAUAAGGGAGAAUUAAUUUAAUGGUCAGUUUGAGGACAGCCCAGAGCAGGCUAUGUUGUCAUGGAGAUGGGUGGAGCUGAAGGAGGCUUUCUGGUUUCAAUUUAUCUGGGUGUUUGCUGGGAGAGGUUUUUAGUUGCAGUUUGGACCUCGUGUGGUUUGCAGCUUGUUGAGAGAAGUUAGUCAAAGUAAAUGACAGUCAGAUAGAGCUGCACUGCAAGCAGAGUAAAACCCUAACAUUAUCAUUGACCAUGUGGAAGGCAAGUGAGGCUUAAUCUCUGUUUGAAUUUUGUGAGGAACAGAAGCUGGAAAAUUAAGGUUAAGAAUAUCUCCUCAGGACUAGAGAGACACUCAGGCCAGGAUUUUCAGGUGGGAUCAGAAAUUCCUGUCACAAGUCAAUGGACUUUUUGCUUGUUUGCCAAAUUUUUCACCCAACCCACGAUGGGUCCUGCCACAGGUGGGACCUGAAAAUCACGGCCUUGGAUUGAGAAGGGACGAAUCUAGUGCCAUGGUUGAUGUUGGUACCAACAACAUAGAUAGGACAAGUGAAGCUGAGGGAGCAAGAACAGCUCAGGACCAAAUUAAAUAUCUGAACUACAAAAGUAACAAUCUCUGGAUUACUACCUGAGAUGCAAGCACAUUGAAAGAAGAAGACCCACAGCAUCCAAGGCAGUGAUGGCUAAAUCAGCACAUGCACAGAAGAGAGGGGGGCACAGGAGAGUGGGGGACGGGAGAGAGAUGGGGUAUAAGAGAGAGGGGUUACAGGAGAGAGAGGACACAUGGGAGAGGAGGCACAGGAGAGAGGGGAGAGGAGAUUGACCCAGUGCUCAGAGAGUGAUUCUGCGAGUGGGAGACUGGCUUGGGAAUGAUCCUUCCCUUCUUGCCAGACCCCUCUAGAUGAUCCCUCAUCCGAGACAUCACCAGACAUCUUUGUCAGCCUCUCUCCGUUAGCCUGAUGCCACCUCCCUUUCCUGACCCCACACUCUGUUCUAUGCCCUUUGCCUGAUUCCUCGUUUUGUCCUACAACCUUUGCCUGACCCCUCGUUCUGUCCCUCACCCCUCACCUGACCCCAUGUCCUUUCCCAAUCCCUGCCAGAGCCCUCACCAGCUGCAUGGAGACCCUCAGUCCUCGAGUCAAGGCAGCAGCUUCUCUGUCAAGAAACAGAUGGCAGUGAGAAGCAGUGAAUCCUAGUCCCAGAACCCAUUGGAUCUCCAUUCCUAAUCACACAGCAGGGCAACUCACUGAGCACAGUGCCUGGCACACAGCGCAGGGGGUAUCAGGGAGAGGAGCUGGUCUGGGUAUGAGGGGCCGAGCGAGGAGUCUGGUGAGAAGUGGAGUGUUUAUUUCCUGUUUCUGACACCUCCACUUUCUCCUCCUUGUCCAAGGGCAGAGGUGGCACAGAGUUGAUUUCACAUUUUGAAUGCAGGCUGUCCUCAGACUUACGACACAAUUGGUUUCUGAAAACCGCGUCUUAAGUUGAAACGUCGUAACUCGGAACCGACUUUCCCAUAAAUACAAUGCUAUAAAUGGGGGAUUGGUUCCUGAACAUAGGUGCGAUACCUUAUUUUCACCAAAAUAACCCAGAAUUUUGUACUCAAUCAAUUAUAGAUGAGAAUAUAGCAAUAUUCAUGUAUUUAUGUUGUAAAUAUCAAACAUAUUGACGUAAAAAAUCACAAUGUAAGCUAAAACUACAUAUAGAAAUAUAGUAUAGUACUGUACCUAUUGCAUCGGAACAGCAACUGAGCGUCGAGUCAGGGAGAAGGGCAGUUCAUAUGAUCAUUUGAACCUGUUCGCUGGCGUGAUGUCAUAAAGUCGAAACCAGCGUGGGAAAGUCAAAACAGGAUGUCCAUUUAUAAAUGUAAGUGCCGUUCAUCGUAACUCGAACGUCAUCAAGUCAACUGCCUGUAAUUAUUUGGUUGUUUGCACUUGGCUAACGUUUUUUGAAUGACUACACUUUCUUCAAAACAAAAUGUUUUACUUUCCAAUUAGUGAAAAUUUCUAAAUAAAUAUUUCCAGUCUUGUUU